CCAAGAUAUUCCGUGCGUGUUGACGCCCGAAAUUUUUGUUAUUCAAUUUUCCAAACCAAGUUUAUUCGAUGUCCGCCGUCCGCUCUUAACGUUCGUGGUUUUUCUACAAAUUUUUAUUAAUUAGUUCGGUGUCUUUUUUACAGAAGUGAUUUUUUACAAUAUUUUUACGUUUUUAUGACAUAUUUGUACUUCAUCUAUCAUUUGACCGAUUAUAAUAAACGUAUAUUGUCCUAGCACCUGAUUUGGAGAAAACUUGUUUAUAGGUACUAUUACUAUAUAGUGUUUAGAUCUAAUUAACGACAAUAUGCAGACCAUCAAGUGUGUGGUCGUCGGUGAUGGAGCCGUCGGUAAAACUUGUUUACUUAUUUCAUACACCACAAACAAAUUUCCAUCAGAAUACGUUCCAACAGUUUUUGACAAUUAUGCAGUCACUGUCAUGAUUGGAGGAGAGCCUUACACAUUAGGAUUAUUUGACACAGCAGGUCAGGAAGAUUAUGACCGUCUCAGACCAUUGAGUUACCCACAAACAGACGUUUUUCUUGUUUGUUUUUCUGUGGUAUCGCCAUCAUCAUUUGAAAACGUUAAAGAAAAGUGGGUGCCAGAAAUAACCCACCAUUGUCAAAAAACUCCAUUCCUUCUAGUUGGUACACAAAUAGAUCUUAGAGAAGAUGCAACAACAGUAGAAAAGUUAGCAAAAAAUAAACAGAAGUCUAUAUCUUUUGAACAAGGGGAGAAGCUAGCUAAGGAACUUAAAGCCGUCAAAUAUGUUGAAUGUUCAGCACUAACACAGAAAGGAUUAAAAAAUGUCUUUGAUGAAGCUAUCCUUGCAGCUUUGGAGCCUCCAGAGCCAGUUAAAAAAAGAAAGUGUGCAAUAUUGUAGAGCUAUGGACAAACAAAACAACAAACAGGUGCGACAAAUAUGUCAUGAAAUUAUAUACAAUUGGAAAUAUAUAAACAAUGAAUAAAAAUUAUUUUGUUUUUACUAAUAUAAAUAUAUAUAAAAAAAAUAUAUAUAAUUUAUUAUAUAUUUUACAUGAAUUAUGUGCAUUAAGUGUACAUUAUUAUUAAUAAUGAAUAAAUAGUUUUUUAUAUGCCAUAUUUGAUUGUGGUAGUUUAUUGUAUAA